AUGUAUCGAAUAUCGACUUACAGCUGUCACAGAAAAUCGAUCGAAUCAAAAUAGUAAAUGCGUGAAGAAAAUGACUAUAGAUACGUGAAAGUGUUUGUUUUUCCUUGAUGUAACUGUGUGACAUUUAUGUUUGGCGUAAAAUCAAGUAACAUGUAUGACAUUAGACAUUAGUAUAAAAAUAGGUUAUCUUUAUCUUCAGUUGGAAACUGAAUUAAAUUGAAGACGAUGAUGCUGUCGGGCUCAUUCACACCUAAACCACUAAGCUAUACAAAGAUGUGUUUCCUCGUUAACUGUCUAAAACGUUUGAAAAGUUCGCAGCAAUGGUUAACUCGUCAAAAAGCAGAUCCUUACGUUGAAAAGGCAAAAAUAUAUAAUUACAGAUGUCGCAGUGCCUUUAAAUUAUUAGAAAUGAACGACAAAACAAACAUUUUGUCACCAGGCCUAACAGUUAUUGACCUUGGUGCAUCGCCAGGGUCAUGGACGCAAGUAGCAGUUCAAAAAACGAACGCUGAUGGAGCUGAUCCUUCCAAACCAAAGGGGAGAGUUCUAGCUAUUGAUAAACUGCAGAUAUUUCCAAUUGAGGGUGCAUCUAUAAUGAGCAAUAUGGACUUUUCUACAAUAGAAGCUCAUGAUAAAGUAAUAGCUGCUCUUGGAGGCAGUAAAGUAGACUUGGUGUUGUCAGACAUGGCUCCCAGUGCCACUGGAGUAAAGGAGCUUGAUAAAGAUAGAAUAAUUGGCCUUUGUUACAUGGCCAUUAGAUUUGCAGCACUAGUCAGUAAAGUUGAAGGCAAUUUACUCUUCAAAGUGUGGGAUGGCAAAGAAGUACCUAUACUUGAAAUGGACUUGGAAAGGUUUUACAAAAGUAUUAAAAUAUUGAAACCUCAAGCAAGCAGGUCGGAAUCAUCAGAGAAGUUUAUACUUGCUAGAGGAUUUCGAGGAAUUCAGAGGCCAUUACAGAAUGGAAGAUGGGGAGAAUAAUAAUGUUAACAUACCAACAAAUUGCAUAAAAAAUGUUGCAUAAUAAUUAUUUCAAGUUUUCAUGACAGUAGGCUGUUAUUUUUUUAUAAUAAUAGCAAUAUUAUAUCUGUACCAGAAAACAUUGUGGAAGUCUUUUAUAGUGGCUUCAAGGAGUAUUUGUGUGAUGCUUGAAAUUUGUGGAUCUGUAAAUAUUAUAAGUAGUAAAGAACAAUGAUGUCUUCCAUUUUUGUAGUGAGUAGGAAUAGUGUUUAUAAGAGUCAAAAUAUUAUCUUAUUUACUCAAGAUAUUCAAUAAGAUUACAAUUUUA